AUGGAUGCGGAGGACAUUGACUGGAAAGAUGAAGAUGAAGAUGAAGGAGAAAAUGAAGAAAGAUGGAAUGAACCAGUGGAGUCGCUCCUUGAAACACGGAACGAUGGUCUGCAGGAGGCAAGCCUCUCUUCAAAUGUUGGAGAUGACGGGAAUCCUAGUGUUUCAACUUCCGAUGCGAGGGGCGACGGCAUGAUGUCCCGCAUGGCACUGAACGACAACAAGGCCGGCAUGGACGGAUUGGAUAAGGAGAGGAUUAACAAGAUAAUCCUGGAAACUUCCAAAGGAUCAAGAUUUUAUGAGAACGAACGUAAGAAAGAAGCACAGGUCAACCAACGAAUAGAUCGCAUGAAGCAGCAGCUAGCUGGAAUCACUCAGCAACAGAAAGCCGCCGCACUGGUAGAGGUGGACACCAUGGCUGCUGAGCUUGAGGCAAGCAGAGAUUUUAGUCGGAGCAUCGUUCACUUAGACAUGGACGCCUUCUAUGCUGCAGUGGAGAUGCGAGACAAUCCUUCCUUGAAGAAUAAACCAAUGGCAGUGGGUGGUAUGAGCAUGUUGAGUACCUCUAACUACCAUGCCCGACGUUAUGGUGUCAGGGCCGCCAUGCCGGGCUUCAUUGCCAAAAAGCUAUGUCCCGAACUGGUCAUUGUUCCGACAAACUUUGACAAGUACCGCGCGGUCAGCACGCAGGUCCGUGAAAUUCUGGGCCAGUACGACCCCAACUUCUGCCCCAUGAGUCUGGACGAGGCUUAUUUUGACCUGACGGAACACUUGGAAAAGAGGAAAGAACUCUCGGAGGCGGAGAGAACGUUUGAUUACGGGGAUUGGAAUUCACAAUCAGAACCGACGAAUGAUGUCCAGGAGGGUGAGGAGAAGGAUAGUGUGGGGAAAACCCAGAGUCAUGGUGACAUUUCUGAGCAAGAUUCAACUCAAGAAAGUUGUGUCUGUGGUGGGGCAAAUGACGAGACUCUAUCGCCCAGCAGGAUGCAAGCGGAAGUCUCCUCGAACACCAGCGUUGCUUGUCGCUGUGCCGAAUCAACUAAUAACGCUUCAGAUCCUUGUCAUGCGUCCCUUGGAGUUAGUAAGACUGAGAGUUCUACUAGCCAUUGCGCUGUCGGGGCAGUGACUUCUAGAAAGAGAUCUAGAACUUUUGGGUUCACUGUCGAAGAGGUGGUGGAGGAGAUACGAUUCCGCAUUGAGCAGAAGACCCAGCUAACAGCCAGCGCAGGUAUUGCUCCAAACGUCAUGCUGGCCAAGAUUUGCUCUGACAAGAACAAGCCCAACGGCCAGUACAGGAUACAGCCUGACCGGGAAGCCGUCAUGGAGUUCAUACAACAGCUGCCAAUUCGCAAGGUAUCUGGGAUUGGAAAAGUCACUGAGAGGAUGCUGUCUGCUCUCGGCAUACAGAACUGUACAGACCUCUACCAACAGAGGGCGCUGUUGCACCUCCUGUUCUCGCAGAUAUCGUCUCAGCACUUCCUGAGGAUAUCGAUGGCACUAGGCUCGACAAGAGUCGAGAGAGACAGUGAACGCAAGAGCAUGAGCACCGAGCGGACGUUUAGAGAGCUGCACAAGCCGGCCGAUCUCUACAGCAAAUGCAGCGAGCUGUGCCAGGCAUUGGCCGAAGACUUGCAGAACGAAGACCUGGUGGGCAAGACAGUAACCAUCAAACUCAAGACAGUCAAGUUUGAAGUCAAGACCAAGGCGUGCUCCGUCCCCAUGGCCAUCAACUCGGCCGACUGCAUAUUCAGCGUGGCCAAGGAUCUACUUAGAGCAGAGAUCAACGCCUGUAAGCCAGAGCCGCUUCGACUCAGGCUAAUGGGAGUCAGACUGUCCAACCUCCAAUCAAGCAGCGCCUCGACCAACAAACAAGGCAGCAUCAAAGAGUUCUUCAAGAAACGUCAAAACCCUGCUGCCCAGUCUGGACAGUUACCAGAAGUGCACCAAGAAACCGGCAAUGGUUACGAGAAACCGAGAUCGCAGAAUACAAUGGUAGCUUUCUCAUCUGAUUCGCCCAAGAAGAGGACAGGGUCUGAUGUGGUUGUUACAUUGCCUUCGGAAUCAGAGCCGCAACCGUCGACAUCAGAACCACAGACAGAAAGUCCCUUUUCCCAAGUACAUCCAAGCGACCGGAACUUCUGUCCGACCUUGGGUGAUCGGAUAACAGACGACUCUACGACGGGAAACAAUCACAGACGUGACGAAUCGGCGAUGGAAGAUGUUUCAAAUGAUGCCAUAGGAACGUCCGAGUUUCUCUGUCCUGUGUGCAAUAUCCCGCAGCCUUGCACUGACCUGGAGGCAUUCAAUGAACAUGUGGAUGUGUGUCUGAACCGAGGGGCAAUACGAGACAUGCUCAAACAGCAAGCCUCUGAAGACAAUCCCACUGCCAGCCGGAACUCAACGUCUUUAGCAAAAGGAAAAAGGGGUUCAUCAGGUCCCAAGUCUUCAGCCAAACGCCGGAAACAGGAAAAGACACAGACUAAUACACUGGACAGAUUCUUCAACUGAAUUUACUUUUAUGCCGUAAAUACUUAAAUUGCUUAUCUUUGUAGUGAAGACGUUAAUGGAUGGCGCCUGUUGGUGGAUGGGGACAAAAGCUCCCGACUUUGUUUUGCUUAUUAAUUGCUGAACAUAAGAAUUUUUCGUUUUCAUGAAAUUCUUUCUAGUGAUACAAGCAUGGGUAAAUAAUGAUAGGAAAUAGCCCAAUGAGUCUUUAUUUUGACAUGAACUCAAAUUAAGUGACAACAUUGUAUGUACUGUAACAUGUUUUCUUAGAGCUAUACAUAUUUCUAUGCAAUUUAAAAUAGAAUAAAAAGCCUGAAAUAAUAAUUUGUUUUAUCUAUUUGAAUAACAACUGAAUAAACAUUAAAGAAAUGUAUGAUUUCAAUACCAAACCAGA